UCUAAGUGAACCUGUGUUAUAUAACGCUUGUAAAAAACAAGUUGUAUUCAAUUUCGGAUUUAAAAAAUUUCCUUCAUUCGCUUUUAGUUUAAAAAAAGUGAUAAGUAUGAAUGUAUCGAACAUUUCCGAAAGUAAUAAUAAUUAUUCCAAGGUAUUUCCGACACAUAUUGGACUAAACUACAAGGAAAAAACAGGAGCAAGGGAUUGGUUUCAUGCAUCCCUGGUCUUGGCGUGGCUGUUUGCCAUUUUGACGAUCACCCUGAACAUCGCCGUGAUUAUGUGUAUUUGUAGACAGAAGAAGAUGUCUAGAUUGUACUUUCUGCUGCUAAACAUGGCCGUUGCAGAUUUAUUGACGGGCAUGUUCGACACAACUUUCAACGCAACAGAAAGGUCUCUCGGAUAUAAAAACAUGACUUGGGCGUGGUUCGCUGGCAUAUACGGGUGCAAAAUACAACGAACUGCUGCCAAUGUCUUUAGCAUUACAUCAAACUUCAUACUUGCGGCUACAAGCUUCGACAGGGCAAUUGCCAUCGCAAAACCCAUGAUUAAUUUCAAACAAGGAUUUGUUCUACAGAAGUGUCUGACAGCACUGUGUUGGGCAUUCAGUACGUUGCUAAACAUUCCAGUAUUUCUCUCAAUGCACUUAAAAUCCGUAUACAAAGCGUAUCCUCUAUGCGGCAUCGACAACAAUGUAAUCACAUUUAAAGUGAUGAUGAAUUACUUGUUUGUGUUCCAAUACCUGCUCCCCCUCUCCGUAAUUCUGGUCAGCUACGUGGUCCUCUUAUACGCUCUAGCACGUCGGUCAGCAAGUUGCAAGCAAACAGAUCCAAAAGCAAACGGGGUUUUAAGAGUGUUUAAUGCCGGUUUGCCUCGAUCCAAGAAGAGGAGUCUAAAACUGAUGUGCGGGAUCGUCGCAGGUUUUGUCGCAGCCUGGACGCCAUUUUUUACUCUCGUGUAUAUAGACUCCGAACAUCCAUCUGUGCAAGUUGGCGGUCUUUUGUACUACUUAAACGGAAUAAUCAACCCCGUGGUAUUCUUCAUCUUUCACCGUACCAAGCCAGUCAGUUCGCCACCGAGCUUCUAUUGCAAUGGACAAGCAAUGAGUUUAAACAGGAUAACAAAAGAACCAUUCCAAACAUUGAUAGCAAAGACUGAUGUAAAGCAAAAUGAUAAUAGUCUUUGACAUCAGAACAGUUAUUGUUUAUGACUUGUUCGUGUUAUCUUAAAAGUGUAUGGAACUUGAUGAUACAACAUUAAGGAAUAAUUCAUUUCUAAAUCGAGAGAAUUUGGCAGCGAGCAACUACGUCGGGAACGAGCAACCAAGGAGCAAGUGAUAAGAUGGGACAAAACUUUGACAUUGAUAGAUGACGAAAAUAUAUUAAUUGGGCACCAUAAGGUGCUGUAGUUUUACGGGUGAAUGAGAUAAUAACGUUGGCAGGGGCGAAAUCAUAUUUUUAAAUGUUACUAUCUCUCUUUAUAUAAAAUCAUAUCUUUUAAAGUUAUUAUAUACAUAUUUGAGAAAGAUUGAAACAGUUUAUAAGCCUUCGAAUUAUGAUAGUCGUGUUGCAUUUGCAUUUUUUUAAAGGUAUCAUAAUUAGUGAGGAAAUAAUAAAUUUGUUUUCAGCACUCAUUAUAUUGUUUGAAUCGCAAUAGGAUAAAGUCGUAUAAUGUAAACAACUCCAUCUAUUAAGUCAACUAAAACUCUGUGCCUUGUCAAAAGAAAUGACUUGUUCUUGUGCAAGACGGAAAUACAUAUA